AUGGGUCUCCCCGAGACUGCCGAGGGUCGUGAUGACGGCAAAAGCAUCGACGAGACUAUAAUCGGGGAGGAAUCAUAUAUUUCGCAAAAUGAGAAACCCGAGGCACUUGUAGCCAACGGCGAAAAGUCAUCAUAUGAUCCCGAAUCACAGCCCAGAUCGGACAGCCCACAUGGAGAUAUGUGCGACGACGAGAAGGAAUUGGCCCAGCAUCCCGAUAGUAUCACAGAGGGCGCGGAGUUGGGUCAACAGAAGGCGGAAGCCGCGGCGCUCACGUGGGGUUGGCCAGCUUUGGUGGGAAUCUAUGCUUGGAUCUGGGUCUGCAUGUUUAUGUUGGCCUUUCACUCGAAUAUAAGCGGCUUCCUGAUCAACUACAUACAGGGUGGUUUCCGGUCCGCACCGCAGGUCUCGACCGCCUAUAUCCUCGCGAAUGUUGUGGGCGGUGUUCUGAAGCUGCCGCUCGGUAAGACAUUGAACCUGUGGGGUCGUGCUGAGGCCCUGGUGGUCUCAACCGGAAUCUAUGUCCUUGGAAUGAUCAUCCUCACGGCGUGUGAUGGCCCCAAUGGAUAUGCGGCGGGAUAUGUGCUUUACUGGAUUGGGUACUACUGCAUAUACCUGAUCUUGAAUAUCUUCGUCGCCGAUACCUCCGGCCUGAGAAACCGAGCGUUCGCUUUUGGAUUUUUGCAGACUCCGUUCAUCUGUACUGCAUUCACCGGUGGACUGGCAGCAAACUCGAUAUAUGCGAAGUUUGGUUGGCGCUGGGGUUAUGGGAUUUUCUGCAUCGUGAUGCCGUUUGUGUUCUUGCCCCUCGCUAUGGCAUUCAAGUACUUUGAAAAGAAGGCAGAGAAGAAGGGCAUUUUCCGCCGGGUACCCAGCGGUCGCACUGUUCAGCAGUCUAUCAUCCACUAUCUUCAUGAAUUUGAUGUCAUCGGUGCGUUCUUACUGAUGAUUGGUUGGGUACUGUUUCUCUUGCCAUUCAGCUUGGCGCAGUACGGCCGUUCUGAGUAUUCAAGCGCAAGCUUUAUUGCUCUCAUCAUCCUUGGAGUACUCAUGUUGUGUGUCUUCGCAGCAUGGGAGAAAUGGGGCGCACGAACCCACUUUAUCCGCUAUGAGUUGAUCAAACGGCCAACCAUUUUAGGAGCAUGUCUCCUAUCCGCUGUACUAUUUUUCAGCUUCGAACUUUGGGAUCAGUACUUCUACAACUACGUCUUGAUCUCCUACGACAUUUCCGCAGUCAACGCAAAUUACAUGCUCCAGAUUUACAACGUCGGCUCUUGUUUCUUUUCUCCCAUUAUCGGAGCCGUCAUCUGGGCAACCGCGCGCUUCAAAUAUAUAUGCCUAUUCUUCGGGGCCCCGCUGAUGAUCCUCGGCUCCGGAUUGAUGAUCUACUUCCGUGGCUCAGAUCACGGUAUCGGGUACGUUGUCAUGUGUCAGAUCUUCAUUGCCUUCGCCGGCGGCACCCUCGUCAUCGGCGAGGACAUGGCCGUCAUGGCAGCAGGUGGCCGCGAGGGUACUCCCAUGAUGCUGGCUCUCAUCGGAUUGUUCUCGAAUAUCGGCGGUGGGAUCGGCCUGGCUGUUGGCGCUGCUAUCUACAAUAAUGUCUUUGUCAAUACCCUCACGACACAAUUACCGGAAAACUUGAAGGCCAAUGCCACUCAGAUAUACUUUGAUGGAAUCCCUGUGCAGUCGACUUACCCCUGGGGAAGCCCUCUUCGUGAAGCUGUCGCGUAUACGUGGGGCCAUGCUCAACGUCUGAACUGCAUUGCUUCUACUGCCGUCUUAGCUUUGACUAUUCCUUGCAUUCUGGUCUGGAAGAACUAUGAUGUCAACCGAAAGCAGAACAAGGGUAGAAUGAUCUUCUAG